AUGGCGCCACAUCCAUCAUCUCUCGUCUCGGGCGUCAGUGCCGAAGCGCUGUCGUCGUCAGCACCCGUAUGGCACAUUCUCAAACGAGGCAUCUCCAGGGCGGGCGGAGCCGCGAUAGGAGCGUCAGCAGGAGCUGCAGCAGGCGUUGCAGCAGGCGCUUCAACAGGAUCUUCAACAGGGUACCAAGUUCUCCGCGUCUCUUCCAAGAUGAACGAAAAGGGCGACUUCAACGGCACAUGCUCCAAGGAGACUGCUAUGACCAUCACACCAGAGACACCCGACGGAUCGUGUUCCUCGUACUUUGCCGACGUCACCGACUACUGCUGCGCGGCCGUGGGAGGCAUGUACGAUCCCACCUUCCAAGCCGUCAACGUGUCCGAGACACAGGCGGCAGCGCUGGAUCAUCCGAUCUGCGCCACCUCCAACUAUGCGGAUAUGUUCUCUUGCUACCAGUACGUCACCGAGACGCAUUGCUCUUCGUCCAGCCCGAUUCCGUACGGCGUCUGCAACAAGAAUGGCGAGGACACCAGCCGAGCUGUUCGGCAAACAACGUCCGCUGCAGCUCCGACUGCCAACUGGCGUUGGACCAUGGUCUUCGGUGGUGUUGUCGCAUGCUCUGCGAUACAGCUGCUGGCAAGCUAA